GUUACCAAACGUGCCUUAACUAAACAACAAUGAUUUGUCCUAGAAUCAAAGAGAUAUUGGGGCUUCAAAAAUAAAGAAUUCAGCACCAUAUAUUCCCAGCUGGAAUGGGUGAGCAAGUAUCUAAUCACUUUUUUCUUACUAGCGGCAUUUGACAAUUGCCGACUAUGUCCAAAGUACACCAGCACAGAAACUCAGUUCUGUGUCUUGGCUCACGCAAUGCGGGCGAUAUACAAAUCGAAGUGUCUAAAAUGCUACUUCAAGUAAGAAUUCUUGCCCCCGGACAAUAUGUUAGUCCUAGGAAUCAGUGCAUUGCUCCAACCAUUCAAAGUUGCUGGAUUACAUGAUUAUUAAUCGUUCUUUUUUGGCAUCCUUAACAAUAGGUCUUUGAAGAAAUCGAUUUAAACAUACAAACAAUAUUGUGAAUUGUAAAACACUCAGUUUGUAUUCAAUAUUGUAGUAAUUUCAUUGCAAUUUUCAUAUAUUUCUUAUAAUGAUUGAGAGAGACUAAUCGAGAUUGUAAAGGAGCGAAGUAAGUGACUCAAAGACUUAUAAUCGUAGUCAUGUUUUCGAAUUUUUGACAAGCAAUUAAAAAAGGGGAAAUUCGUCAAUAAAGAUAAGAUAUAAUACAUUUGAUACCUAGUUAUAGUCAAGACUUCAUAGAACAUUACACAUGACAAAAUAGUAUAUAUUAAUAUGUAUAAGUACUAAAAUCCAAAUUUAGUGCCAAAUGUUUCUGACUUUAUGACAUAGAAGAACCAGAAGAGCAUCUUCGACUGUACGCCUCCUCCCUCCUGGAGCUGAAACCAUAAAACUCGAACUCUUUCUCUCUCUCCCCAAAAGAUAAAAAAUUUAGAAAUGGAACAAAUUCAACACAAGUUCAUUGAAGUCCAAGGCCUCAAGCUACACGUCGCUGAGAUCGGCUCUGGUCCAAAUGUAGUCGUGUUCUUGCAUGGAUUUCCGGAGAUAUGGUACUCGUGGCGGCACCAGAUGGUGGCUGUGGCGGAAGCUGGGUUUCGUGUGCUGGCACCUGAUUCCAGAGGCUACGGAUUGUCUGAUCCGCCGCUUGAACCCGAAAAGGCCUCCUUUGGGGACCUUAUCGAGGAUCUUGGUGCCUUGCUUGAUGCCCUAGGCAUUGAUAAGGUGUUUCUUGUAGCUAAAGACUUCGGAGCUUUUGUUGCUUACUUGUUUUCCCUCCUCCACCAAGAGAGGGUCCAAGGAGUCAUGACCCUAGGAUUUCCACACCGCUCUCCCAGUCAUCUCCUUAAAUAUCACGAGCAUCUCCCUGAAGGCUUUUACAUUUCAAGAUGGCAGGAACCUGGACGGGCAGAAGCUGAUUUUGGACGCCUUGAUGCUAAAACAGUUGUGCGCAAUAUCUACAUACUCUUUUCAAGAAGUGAAAUACCGAUAGCCGCAGAGAACCAGGAGAUUAUGGAUAUAGUUGAUCCAUCUACCCCUCUUCCCUCUUGGUUUACAGAAGGAGAUCUUGAAGAAUAUGGUUCUCUGUACCGGAAAUCAGGGUUUCGCACUGCAUUGCAAGUUCCGUACAGGUCGAUUAAGGAGGACCUGGGAAUAACGGAUUAUAUCGUUAAAGUCCCAGCACUCUUGGUCAUGGGAGAGAAGGAUUAUGGGUUCAAAUUUGCAGGCGCGGAAGAGUACGUCAGGAGUGGAAAGGUCAAAGAAUUUGUUCCCCAGCUAGAGAUUGUAUUUGCUCCAGAGGGAACACAUUUUAUCCAGGAGCAAUCCCCUGACGUGGUGAAUCAGCUAAUUCUAGAUUUUCUUAAGAAGCACAUUUGAUAAACACUAGCGGAAGGCUAGCAGUGGUCAAUUUUUGCAGUUAAAAAGAGAUGUUUAAAAAUCAAAUUCUCUGUUUAAUGUUUAUUUCCCUCAAGAUAUACUUUGCAAGAACAAAAUGCUUCUCAAUAAUCAUGUACCAGGUUGCUAUUC